AUGUCGUUCGACCAGCACAACAGUACUUUGGUGCUCAGCAUGAUGAGAGGCAUGUCUUAUUUGCCUGGUAUGGGAUUGGGUCGCCGCCAGCAGGGGCCCCACGAGUUUACUUUCACAGUUGAUCACGACACGCCCUACGGAUUAGGUUACAUCCCCACAGAGGCUGAUGCACGUUAUAUGUCACAGCUGCGCAGGGAUAGGGUGAGGGCUCGCAUGUCUGGCAUUCCAUUUAUUAUCCCUCCCCCAUACACCUUCCAGUUGGCCGACUACUUUAUUAGGGGUUCAGAGCAUACACUUCGCACAGAGGGGACUGUUCACAUUCCAGAGACAGUUGAGAUUCAGGACAUCCAGCAGGCCCUGGGUCAGAUUCAUUUGGACACCGGGACUACUGAGGCACCUGGUGCCAUGAUAGUCGCGCCCCCAUCACCGGACCGAGCUAGUGUGUUCUCUAUGUGUUUCCCCGAGGAGGUCCCUGACUAUGACCUACCUAUGGAUUUGGGAGAUGGCACUGACGAGAUGGACAUGAUCGGCAUAGGCCGUAUCUUCGAUGCAGCCCCACGCGGGCCCUAUACUGCUUUCGAUAUGUUCGGAGUUUCUAUACUCGAGAUUGAUGGGGAUGACUUUAUUCCUGAUGCCUACACUGAUGAUAUGGAUUUUAUAGGCAUUGGUCGUAUCCUUGAUGCAGCCCCACGCGGGCCCCAUUCUGCUUUUGACAUAUCUGGAGUUUUCGUACUUGAUGAUGAGUCAGUCUUUGAUGUCGUUACUUCUGAUUUUACUUCUGUUGAGGGAGCGUCCAACUCUAUGGACCCACCUCUUUCUUCUGACACUAUGUCCGGGUUUGUCACCCGCUUUGAUGAUAUUUCUGAUGGUAAUAAUGAUAUGAGUAUUUUCGAGUACUUGACUGUGUCACAGCAUCUUCCUUUGAUUGCACCACCAGCACCCACGACACAUAUAUAUGAUGUUGAUGAUAUGGGAGAUACGGAUGACCCACUGGGUGGUCAGUUAGAGUUUGAUUCUGACACAGAGGACGAGAAAGUCACACCCAUUUCUGGUAGCACAGAGUUGAUAGAUUUUGGGGCACCAGAUCAGCUCAGGGAGAUCAGGAUUGACUCUUCUCUAUCUCCUGAUGAGAGGAGUAGGUUGAUUGACCUGCUCAGGUCAUACUUGGAUGUAUUUGCAUGGUCAUAUGAGGACAUGCCGGGCCUUGACCCCUCCAUAGUGCAGCGUCACCUGCCCAUUUUACCACAUGCUAGGCCCGUUAAGCAGAAAUUGAGAAGACUACACCCUCGAUGGAGUUUGCAGGUUAAGGAAGAAAUUCGGAAGCAACUCAGUGUUGGUUUCUUGUCAGUGGUUGAGUAUCCUGAGUGGCUGGCUAAUGUCGUCCCUGUUCCCAAAAAGGACGGCAAGGUUAGGGUUUGUGUUGACUUUCGAGAUCUGAAUAAGGCCAGCCCUAAGGAUGAUUUUCCCCUCCCACACAUUGAUAUGCUGGUUGAUAGCACUGCAGGGCAUCCGAUGUUGUCCUUCAUGGAUGGCUUUUCUGGGUAUAAUCAGAUUCUGAUGGCAGAGGAUAUGGAAAAGACUUCUUUCAUUACUGAGUGGGGUACUUACUGCUACCGGGUUAUGCCAUUUGGGUUGAAGAAUGCAGGAGCCACUUAUCAGAGAGCUGCUACUACUCUGUUCCAUGAUAUGAUGCACACAGAUGUCGAGGUAUAUGUGGAUGACAUGAUAGUGAAGUCCCGAGACAGGACAGAUCACUUAGCAGCCUUACAAAGGUUUUUUGAGAGGAUCAGACAGUUCAGGCUGAGAUUGAAUCCCAAGAAGUGCACCUUUGGGGUGACUUCUGGAAAAUUGCUGGGACACAUUGUUAGUGAGAGAGGUAUAGAGGUUGAUCCAGAGAAAAUCAGAGCCAUACUUGACAUGCCUGCCCCGAGGACUGAGAAAGAGAUUAGGGGAUUCCUAGGUAGAUUGCAGUACAUCAGUCGUUUCAUUGCUAGACUGACAGACAUUUGUGAGCCUAUCUUCCGCCUUCUGAGGAAGAAUCAGCCUACAGUUUGGAAUGAUGAUUGUCAGCGCGCUUUUGAGAGGAUUAAGGAGUGUCUCCUUUCUCCUCCGAUUUUAGUGCCUCCCACACCGGGGCGUCCUUUGCUUCUGUACUUAUCAGUUUCAGACAUGGCCUUAGGAUGCAUGUUAGCUCAGCUUGAUGAUUUGGGGAAGGAGCGUGCCAUCUAUUAUUUGAGUAAGAGGAUGCUUGAGUAUGAGUGCAAGUACAUUAUGAUUGAGCGCCUUUGCUUGGCAUUGGUUUGGGCCACUAGGAGACUUAGACAUUACAUGACAGAGUAUUCCGUGCUCUUGGUCUCACGAUUGGACCCGUUGAGGUAUCUAUUUGACAGGCCUGUUCUGACCGGUAGGCUCAUGAGAUGGCUGGUAUUGUUGACAGAGUUUGAUAUUCAUUAUGUCACACAGAAGUCAGUAAAAGGAAGCAUUGUUGCAGAUCAUCUAGCUUCUUUGCCAAUAUUCGAUGAUAGAUCAGUUGAUGAUGAUUUCCCUGAUGAGCAGAUCAUUUCGAUGACUAGUAUUACGGGAUGGCGGUUGUACUUUAAUGGUGCCGCCAAUCAGUCGGGGUUUGGCAUUGGUAUCUUGUUGAUAUCACCACAGGGUGAUCAUAUCCCCAGAUCAGUCCGGUUAGCCUUUUCUGAUCAUCACCGAUUGACGAAUAAUAUUGUAGAGUAUGAGGCUUGCAUUACAGGUUUGGAGACUGCACUUGAUCUUGGCAUUAGACAGUUGGAGAUCCACGGGGAUUCCAACUUGGUUAUAAAGCAGACUCAGGGUAUCUGGAGGACACGGGAUGAGAAGCUGAAACCCUACCAUGCUUACUUGGACCUAUUAAUUGAUAGAUUCGAUGUGUUAAGGCCAUUGCUGAUUGAGACUAGAUCUGCACCAGCUUACUAUUGUCUGAUUGGAGAGAUAGAGGAUCAGAUUGAGCUGCCAUGGUAUCACGAUAUUUAUCAGUUUCUGUCAUGCGGCGCUUACCCAGAGUCAGCCUCGGCCAAGGAUAGGAGAGCAUUGAGACAGUUGGCCACCAGAUUUGUUGUUUGCGGGGAUGCGCUGUAUAGGAGAUCACCUGAUGGCUUGUUAUUAUUAUGUCUAGACCGUGCAUCUGCAGAUCGAGUGAUGAGAGAGGUUCAUGCAGGGGUCUGUGGCCCACACAUGGGAGAUUGUUGCCAGUUUGUACAGAGAUGUCAGGAGUGUCAGAUGCAUGGAGACUUGAUACACGUGCCACCUUCUGAGUUGCAUGCACUUGCAUCCCCUUGGCCGUUUUCAGUAUGGGGUAUUGAUAUUAUUGGGAAGAUCUCGCCCAAGUCUUCUAGCGGGCAUGAGUACAUUUUGGUUGCCAUUGACUAUUUCACCAAGUGGGUGGAAGCUGCUUCUUAUGCUAGGUUGACAGCGGCCAGAGUGGCCAAGUUCAUCAGAUCGCAUAUUAUUUGCUGA